CAUAAUGAUAGUUAGAAAAGUUGUUACUAGCCUAAUAAUAAUCGGGUUAGCUGCUGAAGUCUGGUCGCAUCUUGAUAUAGAAACCGAAGAUUUCUACUUUCCAUUAGAACCGGUAAUAAACUACUGCGCCUUUGCGGAUCAGUGCCUGCACGAUUUCGUAGUAAUCUGUGGUCAGGAUAAUUUGGGUAUCACCAGAAUGUUUGUCGAUAUCUGUGACCUCAACGAGUAUAACUGUGAUGAGAAGAAACAAUAUCGGCACGUUGUGAUGGAUGUAUGUAAAUACGAGCUAGUCACCGCGCCACCACCGCAGGUAGGUUAGGUUAAAUUUUAAGGGU